AUGCCUACCUCGACAAUCACCGUCUCUAACACGAGCUCCCGAAGGACUUCGGGCCAGAUUCAAAAGCCUUUCGAAAAUGCCCAGGUUGCACCACUGCCACCACCAACCGAGGCGGGCCCUCCGGUCGAGGACCCGACACCAAAAAGGCCUAAGCGAACGCUCAAGCUCACCGCUUCUCAACGAGAGAGAAAAAGAGCGAUUGACCGCGAGGCACAGCGAAGCAUCCGUCUGAAAACCAAAAACUACAUUGCUCAUCUCGAAAACUUAGUCCGAAUCAUGGAGAAUGGGGGCUCAUCAGCGAGUCACGGUGAGAGCGGUGAGCAUCUGCCGGGGCAGGCAAUGACCGAGGAAGGUCAAGAGAGAGUCAGAGCACUUUUAUCUCAACUGAGGCAGAGCGAGGACGAAGUCAGGCGGCUGAGGGAGAUGGUCACUGGAGUACAGAGGCUGGUGGCAGGGGCGUUGAAUGUUGGCGAGGAUCCGACAACGAAACAAAUAGGCGGCCUUGAGGCAUACAACAUCCAGCAACCGACACAGAUGGCGACGCCUCUGCCAGGCACGGUGCAAGAUCACCUCGAGAACAGUGCUUCCGUUUACUCCCACAGUUCGGAUUCAUCGUCCCCUGUCAUCGAGCUGAGUUACCAGCCAUUUGACCAACCGAGGUCUGCCGAGGUAUCUGCGCCCAGUUAUACCCCCAGGGUGUCAGGCCCUCGAUCCAUUCCUCCGCACCACCCGGACCGGUUCGACAGCCGGGGGAGGUUAGUCCCUCCUGCCCCGGUGUUCGAACCAACAAAGUCAGAGCCCUUGGACGCCGCCGGGGACAGGGUCGAGGGUGAAUUGUUCUACCUCUCCGAACGUGAGGUCAACCGAGUAUUGGCCGGAGGCCAUCAAUCCUUUGCGAACCAGCCUCUGGACGAGGACAUCGUCGUCCGCGCGGUGCUACAUGGAUGGCGCGACGUGCAGGACCUGUACCUCCUUGAUCGAGGCUGGCAGGCGCUCAGGAGCAUUGAUCAGUCCAUCUUCCGCGACUGUGGCGUUGUCGAGAGGAUCGCCAUCCUCCACAUGAUGCGGUUGAAGCUGCUCCAUCAGAGCAACGUGAAUCCACAGUUUCUGGCCCCUCUACCAUCCUUCUUCCAGAGAGGCCCCGCUGAAGAUCCGGAGGCCCUGGAGAAGAUGCCCCUCAUCGAGCACUUUAUCUGGCCGGGUAUGCGGACCUGCCUAUGCAAGAAUGCGACCCGGUAUAUCAACAACAAGUUUUCAGAUUCAUUCAGACGAUCGCUCAAGUUCCUGUGGCCCUACAACGUGUCAGACGUGUACGAGCGGGACCCCGUCACGCAGCUAUACUCAGUGAUGCCGGAAUUCAAGCGGCGCGAAUGCGACCUCCGUUCGUGGACGAUGCGAAAGGACUUCUUUGCACAUGCAAGCGAACUGAUGGGUGCCAUACCGGUCUAUGAAGCGUCUGUGGACCGAUCCCUGCUUCUAGCCGGACAAGUACCUAUGCAGGCAGGACUGAACGCGGGACAAGCCUCCCGACGGACACUUCAGAAAGCACCUGCUGGGGCCAUGGAAAAGCAGGAAACCGCAGAGUCGCAGAUGGCCUCGAUGCGUGCACCAGCCCAUGUUCACUCCUCUCACCAUCUCGGCAGCCUUCCACCUGUCUCGACGGCAACCAUACCCGUGUCGCAGAUUCCGCACGCUGCGGAGGUCGAGGCUUGGCUCGGCGAUCCCGAUCUGGUGCCGCAGUAUUGGAACAUGGGACCCGGCAUGAAUGUGGGAUUCGACGCCGUUUCGCCGCAGUGGACGGGUGUCCCGCGAGGAUUUGGAGGAUGA